AUGGACAAUACAUAUUCACAAUUCGAUGACCUUAUUUCUGUCGAAUACGAGCAGUUUUCAACAUCGAAUGAUGAAUAUAGUAAUGAUACAACGCCAAGUACACACGAUGUUGAGAGUAGAAAUUCAUCAAAAGUAGAAAAACAACGGAAUGGUGAACGAACUUAUGUGCAACAUUAUGGUCCGAUAGUUAUACGAAAGCGUCAGUCAACUGCACCAACGUUAGCAACAGGUCGACGUCCGAAAAAUGUAAAAUACGAAGGUGACGAAGCUAUCAAGCGUGAUAUACGUCGAAUGAAAAAUCGUGAAUCAGCGAAAAACUUAAAAAAACUUCGGGAUGAUAUUGCACAUAAUUUAGAAUCAACAAUCGAUGAAUUGGAAUUAGAAGAGCGAGAAUUAAGCACAGCUGUUAACGUUCUUCGUUCUUAUAAAACAUACCUUGAACGUCGAUGUGAAGAAUCUUCAAGCAAGCAAAAUCCUGCUUCUCCCACCAUAAUAGUACCGUCCUUGCAAACGAAUACUAUGCAGCUUGAUGAUGAUCAACAUUAUCAUGUUGAAUUCAAAGAAGAACGAACAUCGCCAUCGCCACCCUACCAACUAGCAUUUUGUAUAUGA